CCUCUUCAACCCUACAACGUUCAAAUCUCCACUUUACAUUCUCUCACACGUUUGCACUUGAAUCUUCAUCUUCUUACUCUCCAACACAAACUUAUCAUCUCGACACAUCAAUCAUCAUGUCGACCAAAGUUAUCACGGUCCCUACUAAACCUUACUCGGGUCAGAAACCUGGUACUUCUGGUUUGAGGAAGAAAGUAAAAGUGUUCCAACAAGAACAUUAUACUGAGAAUUUUGUUCAAGCUAUCUUUACUGCCAUGCCAGGUGGAAGUGAAGGAAAGACUAUUGUAUUGGGAGGUGAUGGACGUUAUUAUUCCCCAGAAGCAGUCCAAAUCAUCCUCCGUAUCGCAGCUGCGAACGGUAUCGCCCACGUCGUCCUGGGACAAGAUGCCAUUCUUUCCACUCCGGCCGUCUCUGCUUUGAUCCGUUCUCUCAAGACGGACGGAGGUAUCUUGCUCACUGCCUCCCACAAUCCCGGUGGUCCAGAGAAUGACUUUGGGAUCAAGUUUAACAUUUCCAAUGGAGGUCCUGCACCGGAAGAGGUCACGAACAAGAUCUACGCAGUCACAGAGGAGAUCAAGGAAUACAAAUUGGUGGAAUUACCUGAUUUCGACUUCUCCAAAACUGGUGAAUUCACCCACGGCCCACUCAAAAUCACAGUCGUCGAUCCAGUCUCCAACUACAUCACCCUCCUCAAGUCCAUCUUCGACUUUGACAUGAUCAAAAAUUGGCUUCAUAACACUUCGCCAAAACCUACUGUUCUAUUCGACGCAAUGAACGGUGUGACUGGACCUUAUGGUCGUGCAAUCUUCGUCGAAGAACUCGGUUUGUCCGAAUCGUCUAUCCAGAACUGUAUCCCCAAACCGGACUUUGGAGGUGGACAUCCUGAUCCCAACUUGACUUACGCACAUGAAUUAGUGGAGAGGGUUGAGAAAGAGAAUAUCGAAUUUGGUGCUGCUAGUGAUGGUGAUGGGGAUAGAAACAUGAUUUACGGUAAAGGAGCAUUCGUCACUCCCAGUGACAGUGUGGCCAUUAUUGCCGAUUGGGCGGAAAAGGCCAUUCCUUAUUUCAAGGGAGGAGUCAAAGGGUUGGCAAGGAGUAUGCCAACUAGUGGAGCGAUCGAUCUGGUAGCUAAAGAGAAGGGUCUCGAAUGUUUCGAAGUGCCAACGGGAUGGAAAUUCUUUGGAAACCUUAUGGAUGCUGGAAGACUUUCAAUCUGCGGUGAAGAGUCUUUCGGGACUGGUUCCGACCAUAUAAGAGAGAAAGAUGGUGUUUGGGCCAUUGUCGCUUGGUUGUCUGUUGUAGCUGCUGCUAACAAGGAACAACCCGGUGCGGGGAUUCAUGAUGUCAUGAUGAUGCAUUGGAAGAAAUAUGGAAGGUCUUUCUUCUCUCGAUACGACUACGAAGAAGUUGAUUCAGACGGUGCCAAUAAAAUGAUGGAACAUCUCCGUACCACCUUUUCCUCCUCUUCCUUCGUCGGUACUUCCCUAGGAGGUUUCAAAGUGGCUCUCGCCGAUGAUUUCUCUUACAAAGACCCAAUCGACGGAUCAGUUUCGUCGAAACAAGGAUUAUACAUCAAGUUCGUAGAUGGAAGUAGGAUCAUUUUCCGUCUUUCCGGUACUGGUUCCAGUGGAGCUACUGUGAGGUUGUACGUUGAGAAAUAUAGUAAAGAUGAGAAUGAGUAUGGUAAAGAUGCUCAGGAUGGUUUGAAACCUUUGAUCAGCGUCGCUUUGGAGGUUAGCAAGUUGAACGGGUUUACAGGAAGGGAAAAACCUACUGUCAUCACUUGAUAAAUUAUCAGGAAGUGAUGGUGAAGGAAAGCAAGGAAGAUUGAGAAGCUUGUCAUAUACAAAUCAACUUUGAUGCAACGAAUGUCGAAACAUAUUC